AGAGCUUUCUUUAGUCUUCCAAUGGAGGAGAAGCAAAAAUAUAGCAAUAUAAGAGAUGGACAGUUUGGAAAAGAGGGAUACGGAAACGAUGAAAUUAUAGCAGAAGGCCAGAUCCUUGACUGGACUGACCGCCUUUUUCUAUUAGUCCAACCUGGAGAUGCAAGGAAACUGGAGCUUUGGCCGACAAAUCCAAAUUCUUUGAGGUAUGUCUUGCAUGAAUACACAAUGAAGACAAAAAAGUUAGUCGAAAAUGUCCUAAAGACAGCUGCGAAGUCACUGGAACUGAAUGAAGAUUUCUUUGUCAGCCAUCUCGGAGACAAGUUCCCAAUGUUUGCAAGAUUCAACUAUUAUCCAUGUUGUUUGAAGCCCGAUCUCGUCUUUGGCCUCAAACCUCACAGCGAUGGCCCUCUGAUCACCGUAAUUUUACCCGAAAAAGAUGUAGAGGGACUUCAGGUAUUGAAAGAUGGCGAAUGGAUCAAAGUGACCACUUCCCCUGAUGCUUUUAUCUUUAAUAUAGGAGAUCAAAUGGAGAUAAUGAGCAAUGGCAUAUUUAAAAGCCCUGUUCAUAGGGUGGUCACAUUUUCGGACAAGGAUAGAAUAUCUAUUGCUAUGUUUUGCGCGAAUUUACCUGAAAAAGUGAUAGGACCAGCAGAUGAACUAGUGAAUGAUAUGAGACCAAGGAUGUACAAAAAUUUGAAGGUGAAGUACUAUUUUGAGGUGUUUUCCCAGAUGUUCUUGCAAGGAAAGAGGGCCAUCGAUUGGGCUCAUGUCUGAUAAAAGUAUUUGCAAUUAUUUAGUGAU